AGAGUGGAGGGAAAGGAGCGCGUGCUACCGGGAGAGAGAGAGAGGGAACAGGGCAGAGCGUCUGAGCGCAGACACGCACAGUUGUGGGAGGACAGCGGAGAGGCACCACGUUUCUUUCUGCCUACCAGCUUUACGCACGCAGAUCGAGCUGCUCGGAGAUCCUGCGUUGUCUUUUGCGCAUGAACGGACCAUUACCGGGAAACUAGAUCGGAACACAUUUAAUUUCCUUACCAAGAAAAUGCGCCUGAAGAUAUUUGCAUAAAACAAUUGGAAAUAUUUUUAAUCCAAGGAGGAAAGACGCGAGUUACUUUUCCCCGUUUCCGUCGCAGUUAGCGCUCUCUGAUGAUCUUUUUGGUUUCUAGUUAAUUUAAAACGCACAAUUUUCUUUAUUUACUCUGCUGAUCUGUUUCCCUGCGCUGCCGACUGUGCGCACAGCAAUGGAUUGUAAACCGUGUUUAGAGUUCAAAUUGCGUUUCUAGACAAGUUGCUCUGGUUGAGGAGAAGUGGCGGCACGCACUCACACUGCAUGAACUGUUUAUUUUCUCCGGCGUGUUAUUCUUAGAGAGUCGGGUGAACGCUGUCCGGCUUUUGGAUUUUGGACACAACCGUGUUGCACGUUAGAAAAACAGAUAACUGUGGAAACGGUCAGGGAAGUGCGACUUGGAGCCGUGUGUCAGCAAAUAAAACCACACAGGAGGAGAAGACGUGUUUUAUUCUGAGGGAGAAAGAUGGAUUUAUUCGUUUGGCUCUGUGGAUGUAUUUUGGCUCUUCUGUUACCUUCAGCGGUAAAAGCCGGGGAAGGAGCAUCUGAACCAUGCGGCGGCAAUUUAGAUGCAAGCGAUGCGGGCUACAUCACCACCCCCGGCUACCCUCUGGAGUAUCCACCUCACCAGAACUGCCGCUGGGUCAUCACGGCCCCUGAGUCUUCGCAGCGCAUCGUCCUGAACUUUAACCCGCACUUUGAAAUAGAGAAACUGGACUGCAGGUAUGACUAUGUAGAGAUCCAUGACGGGAACUCAGAGUCAGCUGACCUACUGGGGAAGCACUGCAGCAACAUCGCCCCCCCGCCGAUCAUAUCCUCAGGGCCUGCGCUCCACAUCAAGUUUGUGUCAGACUACGCCCACCAGGGGGCGGGGUUCUCGCUCCGCUAUGAAAUCUUCAAAACUGGUUCAGACUGUUCCCGUAACUUUACCAGUCCCUCGGGCCUCGUCGAGUCCCCGGGAUUUCCCGACAAAUACCCCCACAACCUCGAGUGCGCCUUCAUCAUCAUUGUCCCGCCCAGAAUGGAUGUCACCCUCACCUUCCUCACCUUUGACCUGGAGAACGAUCCCCUGCCAGGUGGAGAUGGAGACUGCAAGUACGACUGGCUGGAAGUUUGGGACGGGCUCCCGGGAGUGGGCCCUCUGAUCGGUCGAUACUGUGGGACCAGGGUGCCUCCCGAGAUCCAGUCAUCCACUGGGAUCCUCUCUCUGUCCUUCCACACGGACAUGGCUGUGGCUAAAGAUGGCUUCUCGGCUCGCUAUAACAUGACGCACAAGGAAGUCAGCGAGACCUUCCACUGCAGUAACGCGUUCGGCAUGGAGUCAGGAAAGAUCACCGACGACCAGAUCGCGGCGUCGUCGACCUUCGCCGACGAACGCUGGCUGCCGCGACAGGCCCGACUCAAUUACAACGAUAACGCGUGGACGCCCUCGGACGACAGCAACAAGGAGUACAUACAGGUGGACCUCCAUACUCUGAAGGUGCUUACCGGCAUUGCCACACAGGGCGCCAUUUCAAAGGAAACGCAGAAGAAUUACUUUGUUACCUCCUUCAAGCUAGAGGUCAGCACGAACGGAGAAGACUGGAUGAUCUACAGACACGGCAAAAACCAUAAGGUUUUCCAUGCCAACGCUGACGCCACGGAGGUGGUCCUCAAUCGAAUCCCACAGCCGGUCCUGGCCCGCUUCGUGCGGAUUAAACCUCAGACGUGGAAGAACGGCAUUGCGCUGCGGUUCGAGCUCUACGGCUGUCAGAUCACGGAUGCCCCCUGCUCAGAGCUGCAGGGCAUGUUGUCUGGGUUGCUUCCUGACUCGCAAAUCACUGCGUCCUCCAUGAGGGACAUCCACGGCUCCAUGGGGGCCGCCAGGCUGGUGGCCAGUCGAUCAGGCUGGUUUCCCAACCCAACGCAACCCAUAGUUGGAGAAGAGUGGCUGCAGGUGGACCUCGGUGUGCCCAAGAUGGUGCGUGGCAUUAUUACCCAAGGUGCACGAGGCCUGGAGGGCAGUGCGGAGAACAGAGCAUUUGUCAGGAAGUACAAACUGGCUCACAGCUCGAAUGGCAAAGACUGGACCUACAUCACUGACAGCAAGACUGGGUUUGCUAAGAUCUUUGAGGGCAACGGCCACUACGAUACUCCCGAGGUGCGGAGGUUUGACGAGAUAGUGACUCAGCACAUCCGAGUCUUUCCAGAGAGAUGGUCGCCCGCCGGGAUCGGCAUGAGGAUGGAGGUUCUCGGCUGUGACCUGCCCGAAACCACCACUGUACCUGACACUGUGACCCCCACCACACCUAGAGUGGAACAGACAACCUCUGUGAUGAGAUCUGCCACCACUCCGCCCCUGUCGGCCGUGUGUGGCUUUGAGCAGAGCCUGUGCGGGUGGUCGGCUGAUCCCCAGUCAGGUGUGAGCUGGACCCUGCACACAGCCAGCAGCAGCUCCACUGUGCAUGGCGCUCAUGGAACAAGGCAGGACCUGGCACUGGGAUCAGAAAAUUUUUCAGGGAACUACCUUCAUCUUGAUGCCGGAAGCCACACCCUGCGCAAGAAAGCCCGGCUGCUGAGCCCCGAAGUGGGGCCAGAGCAAGGCCCACUCUGCCUCCAGUUCUACUACCAGCUCCAGGGAGAGGCACAGGGCAGCCUGAGGGUCCUGCUGAGGGACAGCGACCAGGGAGAGACCCUGUUAUGGGCAUUAAAAGGUGACCAAGGCAGUCACUGGAAAGAGGGGCGCACCAUCCUUCCUCGAAGCCCCAGAGAAUAUCAGGUGGUGUUUGAGGGGUUUUUUGAACACCCGACAAGAGGACAUAUCAGAAUAGACAACAUCCACAUGAGCAGCAGCGCUGACCUGGAGCAGUGUGCACAGCCUUUGCAUGCUUUACUUCCUGGCCUGAAAAAUCCCAGGCCAAUAGAUUUUGAAAAAGAUCCUGUUUUCAACCACAAGCCCCCCAUCAACGAAGACUAUGUGUUCCCAGGGUGGCCAUCCUCCUUCUCCACCCCCUCCUCCAACAUGGACCCCCCCUCCGUCACCUUGGUGUCAGAGAAGGACAAGGACAACGCUUGGCUGUACACGCUCGACCCGAUCCUCCUCACCAUCAUCGUGAUGAGCUCGUUAGGCGUCCUGCUGGGAGCGGUGUGCGCGGGAUUCCUCCUCUACUGCACGUGCUCCUACAGCGGGCUCUCCUCGCGCUCCUCCACGACACUGGAGAACUACAACUUUGAGCUGUACGACGGGAUCAAGCAUAAAGUUAAGAUGAACCAGCAGAGGUGCUGCUCAGAGGCAUGAGAACUCAGAGGGGAACUCUGGAGAGUGAUGGUGGGGGAAGACGCGAGCCCCCGCAAGUCAUCUUGUUCUCAGACAAUUUGAAAACGAAGCACUAUCUGUAAUCUCGACCCCCGUGUCCCCUACCUAAUGCCCCGCUAACCCCUUGCUCUGAUGUCUAACGGGGUGAACCCGGAGUUUCCCCGAUUGUCUAUGUGCCAGUGGGAACUUGUGAUCUUUAUCUCCCCUACAUGCUACGAGGCCUAAACUAGGGGAACAUGUGACCCCCGUCUCCCCCCGCCUAUAGUCCAUUUUCUCCUCUGCCUGCAGGAGACAGCCUGCUCGAUUAUAAAAGCCUGUGAUUGAAUGAAGGAAUGAAAAAAAAAGAGUAUUAAUGAUUGAUCUACCAUUGAAUAUUACCCACGAGCCACUGGGAUGACAUCGAGAAGAAUGGACUACAGCACCUGUGACAGUCUGGACAUUUGGACUACAAAUGGCAGCACAGUCUGGGCUAAAAUGUUGGGAUUCUUGAUGAAGAAAGGAAUUUGAUGAUCCGCCCUCGUGACUGACGCAGACGUGAAACUUCAGCGCGAACAGCAGAAGCAUGUUCCACAGGGCACCAGUGGGUGGGUUCAGUGGGUCAUUUUUGACUGAAAUCAACACAUAUCAAGUGAAUGCCUAACCCCCCCCCCCCUCCAAAAAAAGUUAAAAAAGAUAUUGAACCACACAACUCAAAUGAUCUAGAUUUCUAAUGGCAAAGAAGGAAAGGAGUAUGAAAAAGGACAUUUUCUUUUUUUUGGUUUGUUUCUGAAAGUGUUGGAUAUGAGUUCUGUGAGUUUUUAACGUCCAUUAGCCUGCCAUGUGGCGCUCGCUCGCUCCUUUGUCUGCCCCGGUCUGCGCUUCGUGAAACCAGUGGCAUAGAAGAGUAAUGGUGACUGUUUUUGUUCUGUUUUAGACUUGUGUCUCUUUGGGAAAAAAAGGUAAAGAAAAGCCAGCUUCAGUUCGUAGCCGCCCUGUAGAGCUCUUAUGCCAUUUUUUUAGCCUUUUAUUUUAGCAUUGUGUUGGACUCCACGGUCUUACGUGUUCUUUCAGUCCUUUACUAGCUAUUUUGGCCUAUUUUCCAUUACAGAUUAUGAGUCUUUACAAAGAGUAGAGGAAAGAUAAAGUAAGGCAGAAAAUCAGAGGUUUAUCAAAAUCUAACAUGCUGUUAUGGAGUCGUGCUUUAGAUUCAGUAUUCUAGAGUUUGUUUUUGGUAUAUAUCUCUAUUUUUUUGCUUUCCAAACUGUACGAUGCCCAAAUGAUGGACAGACACUGUGUGAAGAAAAUGUCAGUGAUUGUUUUAUUGCAACCUAUGGAUUGCCAAAGAGCCUUGUAUGUGCACGGUAGGGCUGCGGGGAUUAAGAGCGAUGAGUCGUCACGCCGCUUAUCCACCACUUUACCCUUCUAAACAAAGGCCGCUCAAAGAUGAAAGGCGAAAGAAAGACUACAGGAGGAGAACGGAAAUCGCACUGUCGACUUUUUCGGACACACAAUCGAGCCUUAAGCUAACUACAGUAUACGCUGUAUCGGAGGACAGCCAUCGAGGAGGGCCAGUGCUGCUGGAGAGACUGAUAAACAGGAGGAGGCACACACACACACACACACACACACAGGUAGAGAGGAAGACAGAGGCAAAGACAAAUAAAUGGUUGUGUUUACAUGCAAGUGCCAAAUGUGUUAUUCAAAAAAAAUACCAAGCAAUCGAUCAUUUAGCCUAAACUGAGCCUUUCUUACCUUUCUUAAAGGUAUCUUCGACAGCUGAUAGCAUCCCAGGUGUGUUUCUGCUGUUGUGUUUCUAUUUUGUUUGUAUUUCAUGCACGCAAUUGAGUCACAAAAUAAAGAAAUGUUAUUGGUGGCAAAACAUUUAGUGAGACUGCAAAAGAAAAAGCAGGUAAACGUGCAAAUUUGACAAAAAACACAGGUUUUACUUUGUGAUGCAACACGUGAAAAGCAGGAUAAAGAUGCAGCUUCUAUCACAGGUUUAAUCAUUUAUGAAAGUGCUGCAAAUGAAUAUCUAACCGAAUCAACGCCCAGUAAUUUGUUUGACAUUUCUAAAAAGAAACCAUGUUUGGUUGGAGUCCUGCCGACUCGAGGUCGGCUUUAAUAUUCCCCGAAGUGCUCUAACAAAAAAACACUGAUGUUAAAAAUAUCUGCAAACCUUGUGUUCAGACAGAGAAAAGUUUGGGGAAAUAUAGAUUUUUCUAAUGCAAACUUCACUUGUGUUAUUUAAGAAAUUACUGAGCAUAAUUAAUAUUUUUUAAUAGAAGAAAAUCCAUCCACAAAGUUUCAACUGGGAACAUUAAAUCAACUUUAAUUAAAUUAAUAUCCAAUCCAGUUAUUCUGUGCAUGUGAGCGUAUCCAAAGACUGCGAAAGUAAAGAGCAAACAAAAUAAAAGAUAGAAGAUGAGCGUGAGGAGGACAGGUGGACGAUGAGAGACACACACGACUUCAGACUGGAGGACUAAACGUUGAACUCCGCCUCUUUCUUUUACAGAUGAAACCUUAAUCCUAGGAAGUAGGUUUUGAUUUUAUUUUGAACCUGUGAAAUAUCACGUUGUUAUCUUCUACGGUGUAAACUCAAAGAGCAGAGGAAACGGGGGGGAUGUAGGAGGAGAACGUGUCGCGCUCGGUGCAUCUUUGCCUGCAGCCCCCGUUCUUUCUCUCUGUCUUCCUCUCUCCUCUUUCAAGGGCACGCAUCGAUAUAGCCAGGAGGCCUAUUAAGGAAACAAAGAAGAUGAAGGGAAUAGUAAAAGGUGUUGAAAGAGAGAUGAAGGAAGGGAACAAUGGAGGGAGACGGAGAGUUUUCUGUCCAUCUAACUGUGUUUUCAUUGGACUGUUUUCCAAGUGCCUUGGAGCUCUCUCAUUAUGUCUCUCUUGCUUGCUCUCUCUCACUCUUUCUCUCUCCCAACUGAUAUCUUACUCUCUCUGUCUCACACACACACACACACACACACACUGUAAACAUGACUAGAGAAUAUAUUGCAACAGUUCUAUAUAAACAAUGAGACACACACACUCAUGAAGUUGUCUCUCCUCCUGCGUGACUUUACUCACUCAUUCCUUCUGGAAGUCCACAUAGUAUUACCUCUUCUGUCUCGAUGGACACACACACACACUAAUGACAGACACACAUAUGUACACUACAUCAACACAAACCUACGGCACUGGCCAGAUUAUUCAAACUGUUGUUUGUAGACUUUGUACAGAAAAAUUUCUUUUUUUAAUGUUAUUAUUAUUAUUAUGAUUAUUAUUAUUAUUAUUAUUUAAUAAAGGCUAAACAACA